ACGCCAUACAUAAUCAGGGGAAAAUAUACAAUAUACCGUGUUCAUCAAGACAGAUUAUGUUAGGACAGAACAUAAAGUAAAAGCAAGAAUGGAUUAUAUAUAGGGACGUUUGCGAAGAAAACAAUUACGACAUUUCAUCAUGAUUGGGAGGAUCAUACAACUAUACAUUGUAUUCUGCCUCGUCCUCUCCGUCUACUCCCAGGGCCCCGGAGGGUCCCCACCCACAUACUCCCGCUCCCUGGAGACGGCCCUCAGGACCGAGCUAUUUACCACCAACACCUACUCCGUCCUCCAGAGACCGGAAGACAGGACCAGGGUCAAGGUCUCCAUGACCUUGCUCACUGUCAAUGACAUGGAUAUCAAGACCCAAAUAAUGUCGGUGUCCGGGUAUUUCUCACUGAGCUGGUUGGACGACCGCUUGUCUUGGACGAACACAUCAGCUACCUCCCAGGAUUACACUAAUGUCCGAUUUCUGUUCAGCACUGAGACUUACGUAUGGAAACCAGCGCUCAUCGUGGAAAAUUCGGUUGACUCAAUAUCUGUCAUCACUGACAAAAAUAUACCGAUGAGAAUCAAUCCUAUUGGGAAUAUCGAAUGGAAUCCUACAGGAAUAUACCUGGUUUCCUGUAGCUCGGACAUUACUUACUAUCCACUUGACCAACAAACGUGCACAAUUAAGCUCACCACCUGGGGAUACACAAACAACGAAAUAUACCUUGUCUAUGAUACAAAGCCCAUCGAGUUGGGCUUCUACAGUGAGAAUGGAGAGUGGGUGUUGGUGUCAGCGAGCGGAGAACAGGUACAAGAUAAAUCCCGCGGUGGUCAGUCGUUUUCGAGCCUCAGUUUCAGCAUCACUCUCCGGAGACGCCCACUGUUUCACGCCCUCAACACAAUCCUGCCAGUGGUUCUGAUGGCGUUUCUGAUUCCAAUGGUAUACAGACUUCCGGUGGACUCCGGAGAAAAGAUCGGAUACUCUCUGACCGUAUUACUGGCCUACGCUGUGUACCUGACUCUGAUUUCAGACAACAUUCCCAGUACUUCAGUGUCUGUCUGCUACCUAACGGUGUACCUUGUUAUCGUUCUUGGACUUGGAGUUCUCUCGGUUGUCUUCGUAAUAUUGGUAAUUUCCACGUUCCACUUGGGAGAUAAACCCGUUUCUUCGUGUUUGGGAGCCAUCGGUCGUCUCAUUGCCAAAAUUAUAUGUAACGACAAAUGCAGUUGCUGUCAUAAAAAACAAAAUCCAGAUACAGUGACGCCAAUCACAGAAUCAAAGAAACUUCCGGCGGAAAUGCAGCUCGAAGAUGACGAAAUCACAGAAACGCCAAUGACGUACCAAGCUUUCUCUGUUCUUCUCGACCGUUUUCUUUUUUACGCUUACCUUACGAUUGUCACAGUAACGACGUUUUUAUUUUCCCUCCUUGGAUUUGUCCAUUUUGCCUCUCUCUGAAUGAAGCUACAUGUACAUGUAUAUGUGCCGUUUUUAACGCUGUUUUUGCGAGCGCUCGCCAGAAUUUGUGUUGCAGGUAUAGGAAAUUUUGGCGAGCGCUCACAGGCACUCGUUUUGUUUUUUUAGACAAAAUAUAGAUAAAGAAAGAGACACUAAUGUCUAAAGUCGAGGGGCUCCCGAAAGUGGUGAUACUGACGCUCUCUUUUAUAUGUUCUCAGAUCAGGUAUGAAUAAAAAAAUGGUGGUCUAUAGGUUCAUAGAUAAUAGUUAUUCUUUUCGUAAUGAAAGUUGUGAAGGAAUAUUUUUUUGUCAACGCAAAAAGAGUAACUUCACUAUAUACUUUUGUAAAAAAAGAAAAGAAAAAAAAGCUUUCAUUCUUCUUCCCCCUAUGUUGUUCCUCUCGGUAACUUUUUCCGCGGUUAUGCGCAGAAAUACACUUAUCGUUUAUAAAUAUGCACAGGAAACUUUUACUUUCUUCUUAAAUAGAAUAACCAUAAAAUCUAAUUAAUAAAAAGUAAUGACCUUGCCCAUUUUUUUCAGUGUUUCCUUUUAUACAAUUCAUCACACAGAUAAAGUCUGGGUCGGGUUUUCAACAUAGCAAAAACAGCGUUAUUAUAAACGGCAUGGAUAACUUUAAUGUUUAAUAUGGAUAACCUUUAAUAAUUUGGGUCCAUUUUUUUUUGGGUGGGGGGGACGCCAAAGAUAAUUUUUUUUUUAUAAAGCUGUUACUUGGCAGCUUUUUUAGAAGAGAAAAUUGAAGAAUUCGUACCAAACGAAAAAUUAUAUAUAUAAAAUGCUAAUGUUCAGUACACAUAUAAUGCAACCGUGAAUGUUCUCUAGUUUUCUUUCGAAACAAAUCUGAUAAAAAGGAUUCAGCCGUUUUAAAUAAAGUUUUGAAAAAAUAGUUUUUUUUAGGAUCGAGUAUCUUAUCAAGAACGAAUGCUUGCAAAUGUUCAAUUAAUUGAUAAAAAUACGCGCUUCCACAUGAGACAUGAGUAGAGCUGAAGACAGAAAAAACCCAGCAGAGGCGUGGUUAUAGAUAAGUAACCAGGUACAUUUGUAAUUGCUUUGAAAUAAUUUGGUUUCAGAAAACAUAUGUGUAAGUGAAUAAGAUUGUUUUCAAAUAGAUAUUGUCAAUUACUAAUCCAUAUAUUAAAAUAUACUUGCAGUUUAAUUACCGUCUGAACAAUAUUACAUAAAACAAAGCAAUUGUUCUUCCAAUAUGUUGUUUCACAUGAAUAAUGGUAAAGAAUUCCAAAAGCAGAAUUGUUCUUUAGAAAGUAAAAAUUGGUGAAGCAAGCUUUUAAUAUGGAUAAAUUGCCAUAAAACCAAACCGAGUUCUUUUUUGUUUGUUAUUUCACUUGAAUAUUAUGAAGGUGGGUUUACAAGCUUUAAACUUUAAAAGCAAAGAAAAUCACCAUACGUGCCUAUACAAACCAUGCUCCUUGAUCUAUAUCUGGAUAUUGUGCCAAAACUAUCACAUGUUGAUAAUGUAGAAAUGUUCAACUGCUUUACAAAAAACUAAUGGAUUUAUACGUGCUCUUUACCAAGGUAGUUACUCUCAUUCUUAUUGUAGAGGAUAAUACCAUUAACAUUGUUUUCACGGUUUUUCAAAAUUAAAAAUUAGUAAACCACAUUUUGGUAUUGAAUUUUGGAGCCUAUUGUUUAUUAUUAUUAUGAUUAUUUCCAAUGGUGUUUGUAUUAGUAAGGUAAUGGUACAAGUGUUUCGUUUUGUUAUUCAUUGAAUUGUUAUUUUUUUUUUAUAACCAAUGAUGGAUGCAUUGUAAUGAUAACUAAUAAAUCCAAAAAGCAGA